UCAUGCAUUUGCUUGCUUAUCCAUCUUCGUCAUUUUAUAUGAAAAAGUAAUGGUGUCUUAAAAAAUACGACAUGUUACUAAACACCCUCAAACGAUUUCUAAAGCGACGAAAUGAAGACUAUGUUGGAUGCGUGUGAGCAAUUAAAGCGUUUUAUUAUUUUGGUCUUUAGUAAUUCCACGCAACAUAGUAACAAUAAUCGAAUAAAGACUUUGUUUAAAUGGAAGACGCUAGCCCGGAUGCUAGCUAGAGGGCGGUGUAGCCUGCUAGCUUAGCUGUGCGGUCCCAUGGCGGACUCCGGUGACAGCACCGAAAAGCAGGAAGGCUUUCCAGUCCAGCUCCGCCUCUUCCUCCCACUGUAAACAUUCCGGAAAACUUCCCGAAACCCUCAAUCCGACCUUCAGGACAGACAACCGAGGCGGUGUCAGCUUCCUCAGAGACGUACGUGUUGUUUUUUUAGUGCCUCCAUUGCUGUCGGUGUGACGCCAUUCAAAGUUAAAAAACCAUCAUCAUGGCACCAAAGAGACGCUCCGCUUCCGCCGCCAAGGCUGGCGGCAAGAAGGUGAAGCAAGAACCCGAGCAACCAAAGCCUAAGGAUGCCUUCACCUCCACCAAAGAGGCCCUUAUGGCUGCAGGGCCACAAUUGAAAGGCAAGAGGAAGGUGGACGAGCACUGCUCACUGGCAGACACUGCAGAGGUGUAUGAAGACUAUGACUGCAUGCUCAAUCAGACCAACAUUGGACAAAACAAUAACAAGUUUUAUGUCAUCCAAAUCAUUAUUGACUCCAACAAGUACUAUUCGUGGAACAGGUGGGGCAGAGUGGGUGAAGUGGGACAAUCCAAACUUAAUUCGUUUCCGAACGCAGAGAACGCUGUGAAGGACUUUGAGAAGAAGUUUAAAGACAAGACAAAGAACAACUGGAGCGAUCGUGUCAACUUUGUCUCCCACGCCGGGAAGUACACCUUGAUCGAGGUGGAUGGGGAGCAGGAUGCCGAGGUUAAGGUGGACAGUGUUGAUGGGAAAGCGGUCAAAGUGACUAAAAACGUCCUACCCUGCAGCCUUGACGAGGCUACAUCAGCGCUUAUCCACCUCAUAUUCAGUAAUGACAUGUUCAAGGAGGCGAUGGAAUGCAUGAACUUAGAUAUCAAGAAGAUGCCUUUGGGUAAGCUCAGCAAGAUGCAGAUUGCAAAAGGAUUUGAAGUGCUGGAGGAGAUAGAAGCAGCCUUGAACCAAAGCAGAAACAGAAAUGCACGUCUUCAAGAGCUCUCCUCCAAGUUCUUCACCACUAUCCCGCACAACUUUGGUCGGAAUCGACCUCCGACCAUUGAUUGCAGAGAUACUGUGGAAAAGAAGAAAGAGAUGCUAAUGGUUCUGGCUGAUAUUGAGCUGGCCCAGACCUUGAAGUCAGAGACAGAGAAGGCCCAGGAAGAGAUGGUAGAGACUGUUCCUCACCCUCUUGACCAGGACUACAAUUCUCUCCAUUGCAAGCUCUCUCUGAUGGAUAAAUCCACAGCGUCAUUUAAAAUCAUAGAAAAGUACCUGUCAGAAACAGCAGGCCAUCAUAAACCGAAAAUUGUCAAUGUUUGGGAAAUUGCCAGAGAGUUCGAGGCAGAGCGUUUUCAAGAGCAUGACACACUGGAGAACCGCCGUCUGCUGUGGCAUGGCACAAACAUAGCAGUUGUGGCUGCUAUCCUGAAGAGCGGCUUGAGGAUCAUGCCCCAUUCAGGGGGUCGUGUUGGUCGGGGUAUCUAUUUUGCAUCGGAAAACAGCAAGUCAGCAGGUUAUGUGCGCACCUCUAAGAACACUGGUGUGAUGUUUCUGACUGAAGUGGCGCUCGGGAAAGAGCAUACCAUCACCAGAGACAACUCGUCCUUGAAAAAGGCUCCAGCCGGAUUUGAUUGUGUUGUUGCACGGGGUCGAGUGGAACCAGAUGCCUCUAAAGACGUCUUCAUUACCCUGGAGGGCAAGAAGGUUGCGGUCCCACAGGGCGUGCCCAUAGAGCAGCCCGAGUACUCUGAGAGUUACUUCUACAACAGCGAAUAUCUCAUCUACAAAGAGAGUCAGUGUUGCCUCCGCUAUCUGCUGGAGCUGAAUAUGUAAGGUCAGUAGAAGGCCUGGCUGUGCCUUUUUGUAUCUUAAAGCUUCAAGCUAUGUAGAAGAUAUCCCUGAAUGCAUGUUGUCAUUAAUGCACAGACGUGCACUCAAACUAAUGCACUUUUAUAAUUUAGCAUCUAAAGGCAUAAUCAUAUUGGAUCGGAUUAGAUUGAUUGCACGGGUAUAUCUAAUGUUGUUGACGGCGAUUGUUGAAGAAUCUUGGUAGACAUUCUGGAGCUCAUUUUAUUGUACAAAAAAACAGUAUAUAGUACUACUUGAGCAUAUUUGUAAUAUAAUGCAGAUCGGCCUUAGAAUGAUUGUAUGUAAUGACAUGUUUACAAGAUGGAAAGUGCAAUUUUACAACAAAUCUCAAAUGUUUUACGCUACUGACAAACACCUGCAAAGAUAUGUUAUGCAAAGCAAUACGUGAGUCGUCAUAUAUUUGCAUUGUCUGCUCGACAUUUUCCCCAAAACGGCGCCACAUGGUGUCAGUAGAAUGACCAACAUGCUGUGAUGUUUAUUUGCACUCGAUGGCAGAACCAAUAAAUCUUAGUCCCUCCAA